CUACUCCUUUUAGCAAACAAAGUCCGAUUUGUAUUUAAUUCAUGCUUAAAAUUUCAUUAGAAAGAACUUCAAAAAAAAAUUUUAAGAAAUAGCAGUAAAUCAGAUUUGUUUAAGAUGGAUGCCUCUGAUUUGAAUUUCCGCAAGUCAAAGAUGGAAGCUUUUCUUGAAAGGGUGAAGGAACACAUGAAAGCUGAUCAAUAUACGCUUUUGUUGAAAUGUGUCGAUGAAUUCAACAAUGGAGGAAUCACCGUUUAUCAUUUGAAUGAGAUUGUAGAAGUUUUACUUCGUGAAUACCCAGGUUUUUUUACUCAGUUUCAAUUCGUUUUAAACUUUGCUAAUGGCGUAACUCGUAGAGUCCAAUCAGCAGAUAGUAGUAACAAAGGGAAGAGGAAGCUAGCUUCCGAUGAAGAUGGAGAAAUCGAUGGCUUGAAUGAAACCAAGGAUCAAUUGGCUGAAGCAAUGGAGUUUUGUGAAAAGGUAAUGAAGCAAACCAGUUACGAUAAGUAUUUGGAUUUGUUGAAACAUUUAUAUUCUUAUGGUACUGGGAAAAUCAUAAUGGUUGAUCUGAAAACCGCCAUCGCUGAGAAUUUUCAGGCUCUUGGGGAAGAUUUUGAUCAUCUUUUUGAGUUUUAUACGAAUAUAAGCCGACCAACAUCAUCAUCAUCAUCAUCAUCGGAGUCUGAAGGAAAAAAACGAAACCAAGAGGUGGACAUUGUUAAAGAAAGCUGUAAACCUCGACAAAAAGGGCCGUCAUUAGAGUCGAAAAUGAGUAACAAAAAAAAGAAACCCAAAGAAGAGAUUGAAAAGGUGAGGAAAAGCUAUAAAGUUAAACGAGAGGGACCAUCGUCAUCAUCUUUAACAAAACCCAAAAAGGAGAUUAAUAAACCCGAAGAAGAAGAACUUGAAAAGGUGACAGAAAGCUAUUAUCUUCUACCGGAAAAUCUAUCGGGAGUUCAUAGUACUGAGAUUGAUGAAAUUGGGAAACAAGUGUUGAAUUUCAGUACUUUUUCAAAAGGUGUAUACAAUACUAAUAAACAGAAAGGUCCCGAGAUUACGAAACAAGAAAUGGUGAUGAAUAGAAAAGAAGAUGAGAUGUUUGUAAUGGAUAUGCAGAUGGAAUGGUUGCGCUCCACGAAGAAGAACGCAAUGAAACUAUUUCAAGAUAUCAGUGAACGGAAAAUCAAGGAACCAACAAUGGCGGACGUGGAUGAGUAUUUCACAAGUUCUAAUUAUAGAUACCUUGUGAAAAUGUAUAAUGAAUCUGGGCCAUGGUUAGUGGAUAGGCUCCGUCAUGCACCGAAAACUAUUUUGCCUGUGAUUAUUAAGAGGUUGAAACAAAAAGAUAUUGUUCCAUAUUGUGAACUUUGCCAACAACAUCAACAAAUGAUGGAGGAUCAACAAUAAUAUUGAAGGCAAUGUUGAAACUCAAGCUUUCGAAGAAAUUCGAAAUAAUAUUAUUAAGAGUGAUAAUUACAAAUCCCGAAAAUGAUAAUCUCUGUAAAUUUUACUUUUGCUCAAAAUAGUAUUAGUUGUGUGGAGUAUGUAACUAAUUUUCUAUGGAUGAAUAAAAGAUUAAUAUUUUCUAAAUCUCAAAUUUAUUUAUUUUAAGUUAAAUUCUCUUAUUUAUUUAUUUUUUCAAAAAUGUGAAUUUAAUUUCUUGUAUUUUAGUUUGAUCCGUCUUUAUAUUUUCUAAAAU